UUUUGUCGGAUUUACAGAAUUAGUUCAUUAGCGCGUUCCAGAUUACUCAUAUACAUAACCUAAAUAAUCAUUAUUCAAUUUCUCUUGUGCAUCGAUUUGUGUAUCGCGUGAAUUUUUUUCUUAAUCACGAUAAAAUGUAAAGCUUAAUACGCUCUAAAAGAUUCACGAACACAAAGAAAUAAAAUGCAAUUUUUCUAACAACUGCACCUUAGUUCAGAUCCAACAAUAAUGGCUUUUAAGUCCAUACUUCUUUUAACAGCCUCUUUACUAGUGACUAGUGCAGAAAAUAGCGGAUUUAAAGUGUUAGAAAGGGCAUUUGACCAGUGUGCGAGUAAGGACGAAAUGUUUAAAUGCAUCAAAAUACAGGCCCUUAAAGUGGCGAAUAGGGCUGUUAUGUUAAAACAUUUAAAUUUGUUCGAUGGUGUCAAUCUAGUGGCCAAUAGUAGGCAAUCAAGGGAUUUACAAACGGCGUUACAUUUGAAUGACACAAAGUUGGAGCAGCUUGAUACGGAAGCGAUAGACGGCAUGUUGAGUGAUACUGCAACUAGGUUUAUGGAUAGCCAUCAAUUAGAAAUCAAAGUCCCCGAGUUAGUAGAAGAAGGAAGAAAGAGAAAAAACAAAGGAAGUGGAAAUAAUGCAGCUCUAUACUGGGCACUUGCAAUUAAAGGAACCUUUUUAGCUAUAGCCUAUCAAGGUAUAGCUGUCAUGUCGGGACUUGCUUUGAUUAUGGGUAAGAUGGCGCUGCUGCUAUCAGCUAUUUUGGGAUUAAAGAAACUAGUCAAUAGUGGACAGGAACAGACAACAUUCGAAAUAGUGAAACAGCCUAAAUAUACUGAAUCUCACAGUCAUUCUACAUCUUAUGAAGAUGAAGGAUACAGUCAUCACAGGAUGUAUGAUACAGGAGAUAACGCUUCUAGAAGGAUUAUUAGAACGUACAUUUAAAAAAAUUAUAAAUAUAUAUUAUGUACUUAUUGCCAAAUAAUAUUUAUUAAGUUAUUAUUUUUAUUAUUAAAUUUAAGUAGAUAUUUCAAGUAUAGCUAAUUUGUUAAACAGUAGUAAAAAUGAAAGAAUACCCAUGAACGAAUAUAUAAAACACGCUGUA